AUGUUCGUCGGGGGCCGCUACGGCCGGGCAUGGUGCGCCUGUGCGGUGCGCCAGCACAAAAGGGUCCACGUGAAUGGGCGCACCAAAGGCCACGCUGAUAUCAGCGCCGAGGCGCGGGCGCCAGCGCGGUGGUGCGCGGGGUUCCGGCAUGACCUGGUCGAAGCCCGUGAGCCAUAUCGGCACGACAUGCGGUGUGGUGGGCGCCUCGAGAAUGAGCCGCGAUACGCCCCACUUGAAGCGGCGCAGGCGUGUCGAGCGGCUCAGAUUGACCCUGCCCUCCGGGAAGAUGUGUACCCACGACCCCGCGCCCAGGCGCGUGAUCGCAUGAUUGAUAGCGGGUUGGUAGAUGCCCUGGCCCCGGAACACUUCCCAAGUCUGUCCGCGAUGGAAGAACCAGCGGCAGAGCUCGUUUUUGAAAAUAAUGUCACUGGCGCCCAGGCUCCAGCGCACGGUGCGCUCCUGCUGAAACAGCGAGCGGGGCAGCGUGCCCCACAUGAGCGGCUCGUCGAGCACGGAGAUGUGAUUCGCCAGGGACACGAUGCCGCGGCCUUCCGCGGCACGUUGCGGAUCCGUGAGAAGGCGCACGAACGCAUCGCUUCCCAGCACACGCACACGUCGGCACCCCAGCGCCAGAAACCGACGCGAUAG